AAGUACAAAGAUGUGGAGCCAACUCUGAAGAUCAAAGAGGUAGAUGGCUUGGAGCUGGUGAAGAAGUUCUCAGAGCAGAUGGAAAGCAUGCUCCGCAGGAAGGUUGAAGCUGUUGAGAGGUUGGUGGAAGCAGCAGAAGACGCAGAUCUGAACCAUGAAUACAACUCCUCGCUGGAGUUUGAUUACUACAACUCUCUCCUGAUUAAUGAUAAGGAUGAAAAUGACAAUUAUGUAGAGCUUGGAGACGAAUUCAUUUUGGAGCCAAAUGAGCAUUUCAAUAACCUGCUGGUGAACACAACAUACAGUGAUAUCCAGCUCCCCACCAACGUCUACAACAAAGACCCUGACAUCCUGAACGGUGUUUACAUGUCAGAAGCCUUGAAUCCUAUCUUUGUGGACAACUUUGAAAGGGAUCCCACACUGACCUGGCAGUAUUUUGGCAGCUCCACUGGAUUCUUCAGGCUCUACCCAGGAAUAAAGUGGUUACCAGAUGAGAACGGAGUUAUCUCCUUUGACUGCAGGAAUCGUGGCUGGUACAUCCAAGCAGCCACCUCUCCCAAGGACAUUGUCAUCAUUGUGGACGUCAGUGGGAGCAUGAAGGGCCUGCGGAUGACCAUUGCCAAACACACCAUCAUCACUAUUUUAGAUACUCUGGGAGAAAAUGACUUUGUCAACAUAAUUGCAUACAAUGAUUAUGUUCAUUUUAUCGAACCCUGUUUUAAGGGUAUCCUGGUACAAGCAGACAGAGAUAACAGAGAGCAUUUCAAGCAGCUGGUGGAUGAACUGCAGGCAAAAGGAGUGGGGACCGUAAACAAGGCCUUGACAGAGUCCUUCAAAAUCCUGAGAGAGUUCAGAGAGGCUGGUCAAGGAGGCUUGUGUAACCAAGCUAUCAUGCUGAUCACAGAUGGAGCAGUGGAGGAUUAUGAAGCUGUGUUUGAAAAAUACAACUGGCCAGAUCGGAAGGUCCGGGUUUUCACUUACCUCAUUGGACGGGAGGUCACUUUUGCCCCCAAUGUGAAAUGGAUCGCCUGCAACAACAAAGGCUACUACACUCAGAUCUCCACACUGGCGGAUGUCCAGGAGAAUGUGAUGGAGUACCUGCAUGUGCUCAGCCGCCCCAUGGUCAUCAACCACGACCAUGACAUUAUUUGGACUGAAGCCUACAUGGACAGUGCGCUGCCACAGUCUGAGGAGCUCUUUGCAUCUCAGGCUCAAAGUCUGUUGCUCAUGACAACAGUGGCUAUGCCAGUCUUCAGCAAAAAGAAUGAGACGCGAUCUCACGGCAUUCUCCUGGGUGUGGUGGGCUCUGAUGUACCACUGAGGGAGUUGUUAAAACUUGCUCCACGGUAUAAGUUGGGUGUACAUGGAUAUGCCUUUCUGAACACGAACAACGGCUACAUCCUUUCACACCCAGACCUUCGUCCUUUGUAUAAAGAAGGAAAGAAACUGAAGCCUAAGCCGAACUACAACAGUGUAGAUCUCUCAGAAGUGGAAUGGGAAGAUCAGGAUGAAAUACUGAGAACUGCCAUGAUCAAUGGGGAAACGGGCUACCUCUCUAUGGAUGUGAAGGUCCCUGUGGAUAAAGGGAAACGAGUUCUCUUCCUCACCAAUGAUUACUUCUUCACGGACAUCAGUGGCACACCCUUCAGCCUGGGUGUUGUGCUGUCCAGGGGACACGGGGAGUACAUUCUGCUGGGGAACACUUCAGUGGAAGAAGGUUUGCACGACUUGCUCCAGCCAGACUUGUCUUUAGCGAAUGAAUGGAUUUACUGUAUCACCGACAUUGAUCCGGACCACCGGAAGCUCAGCCAGCUGGAGGCUGUGAUCCGUUUCCUCACCGGAGAGGAACCUGACCUGGAAUGUGAUGAGGAGUUGGUCCAGGAAGUGCUAUUUGAUGCAGUGGUCACUGCACCCAUGGAGGCCUACUGGACAGCUCUAGCCCUCAAUAUGUCCAAGGAGACUGAGGCGGGUGUUGAGAUGGCAUUUCUGGGCACUCGGGCUGGACUCAUGAGGAGUGCCCUAUACGUGGGCUCUGAGAAAAUUUCCAACAAGUAA